AUGCCGAAAAUUAUUUUGCACCAAAUUGACGGCAGCCCGCCCAGUCGUGCUGUGCUCAUGGUUAAAGAAUUGCUUGGCCUUGAUAUGGAAGUCAAAGAGGUCAACACCGUCGCAGGAGACCAAUUCAAGCCGGAAUACCUUGCGAAGAAUCCCAUCCACACAGUUCCCUUGAUCGAAGACGGCGACUUCAUACUCGCUGAUAGUCAUGCUAUCAUGACGUACCUUGUUUCGAAGUACGGAGCUGACAAGAGAUCUCAGUUGUACCCAAGUGAUUUCAAAACUAGAGCAAUUAUUGACCAGAGAAUGUAUUUUGAAGCUUCUAUAGUUUUCACCACGUUCCGAGCUAUCAUGGAAUCAAUAUUGAAACACAAAGCAAAGACAAUUUCUAAAGAGCUUAUAAACAAGACUGAAAAAGUAUAUGAAUAUUUGGAGACAUACCUUCAAGCGUCACAAUUUCUGGCAUCAGAUCAGAUUACGCUGGCUGAUAUUUCUGCUGUGGCUACAGUGACAACUCUCCAUUUGGUGGUGCCUAUCAGUGACAAAUUUGUUAAAAUUCACCAGUGGCUUGAACAGCUUUAUGACAAAGAUUGGUACCAAAAAGCCAACCUACCCGGGCUAGGGAGGAUUGAAGGUUUCAUGAAACAAUUUUUACAAAAGAGCGCUGCUUAAUCUCUGUUAUGAAAUUAUGAAACAAAGGUAAAAUAAACCGUUUAAUUU